AUGCGUAUACCAACCCAAACAACAUCACUCAACGUGCUGCGCACACGGGUCGCCACCCCCAGUGCCAGCCGCACGCUUUCUUCCACCAACGUCCAGCAGUAUCCCCGGACACCGGCCCGAGCUCGCACAGUCACUGCCCAGCCUCCUCCGCCGGUGACACCUCCGACAGAGCCGCCUACCUCCCCCUUCGCCCACACGACUCCCAAGGAGGAGCACACUGCCCCGGGAGCCGAUCAUAGCGAGGGCGACGCCCCGGAGUCGCUCUUCCCCGGCGUGACUACGACCUUGAUGUCUCCGACAAAGCCGGAGGGCAAACUAGCCCCCGAGCUCAAGUCGCUGUAUAACCACCUCGCUACUUCCUUCGUGCCGACGAACCAGCCCGCGCACUCCGCCAAGCUGCAAGACUCGCCACUGGGCAAGGUGUUUGUGCCGGCAGAGCGCAGCUCGGAGGACCCGGUCAUUGCUCUCGUGUCGCCGUUCGAAGGCGGAGACGUCUACAAUGCGAAGGCUGUUCACGAUGUCGCGUCUCAUCUGAACGCCGAUGUUGUGCGUUUGGACCUGGCACUGGGAGUCGGCUUUGACGGACCAUCGGCGCCGCUAGCUGACACUGUGAACCCCCUGUUCCAGACGCAGGAGGCCCGGGAGAAGGACAUUCAGCAGGAGCAGGCCCACGAGGACGAGCAGGGUAUGGACGGCGAGGACGACCCGCACGGCAUGCCCAACAUGAUCCGUCUGCCCAUGUUCGCCGUUGCCGGUGGCGAGCAGUUCGGCGGGAUGCAACCCGGACCUCGCCGACCAGAGGUCAACGAGGACUGGGUCAACUUCUUCAGCUCGAUCAUCAACAUGCAGAACCCGCAGGGUGAUGCCGCGGACCGCCGUGUCAUCCUUCUUGAGUCUACCUCUGCCAUGUCGCCCACGUUCGAGAUAUGGUGGCCUUCCUUCCUCGAGGCUGUCCGACAGCGCCGCCGCGGACCUCCGCCCCCGAAGACGCCGAAGAACGCUAAGCCUACUCGCCCGGCGGCUCCGACGACAACCAAGCCGACUACUAUUGUCCUGUCGAUCCCGCCUUCCCUCCUCCCCACGCACAUGAAGGAGUUCAUGAAGCCGAGCGACGCCGUUGACCCGGGCCACGAGGAGCGGAUCCGCGGUGUCAUCGAGGCGUUCGGCGCUUCUGUUGGUCAAAUCAAUGUCAUUGACGGAUCUGAGCGUGGAGAGCAGGAGAAGCUCUGGUGGAGCGGAGAGGAACGGGAUAUGGAGAGUAGAAAGAGGCGUGAGGAGCGUCGUCUCAACGCGAUCUUUGCUGGACACAACCAGCGUCUCCUGCCCGCAUUCACCUCGUCUCCGGGUGGUCAGGCGCCCGCCAACCCUAUUCUCGAGAUGCUGACCGGCGGCAAGAAGCCGAAGGGCGACCAGGGUAACAGCAACUCGAUCGUCUGGAAGAUUGUGCCCAUCGUUCCCGCCAACCGCGACCGUGUUCUGGAGCAGCACGAGCGUCACACCCGUCGACGGGCAUUGAACGCCGCUAUCAUGACCAAGGCCGUAAGUCAACUUGGUGCCGUCCUCGAGGAGCCGCGGGACAUGCUCGGCGUCCCGGGAACGACGCACCCCGCUCGCGGUCGUGCUCGUCGCCUCGAGCGCCGUCGCAACGGUACUCCCGAAUGGAGCGAGUUUAUCAUUUCCUGGAAGGAGGCUGUCGACCUCGCUAGCUUCGCGGUCGGCCGCGCUGCCAUGAAGGACCCGAAGAACACUGAGCGCAUCUCUCUUACCUGGAAGGACAUCGAGGAGGCUCGCAACGAGCACUACGACUCUAACCAGGUCAUCCGCGACACUGUCUUCAACUACAUCGACGCCGAGCUCAAGCAGCGCAGGGCCUCCGCUACCGAGGCUGAGAAGGGUACCGGCGACAGCACCGUCGAGGACGUCAAAAACGCCAAGGACCUCAACAAGCACGAGAAGCGCUUGCUUCACUGCAUUGUUGACCCGAAGAAGAUCUCGGCUGCGUCGUUCAACGACGUCCACCUUCCCUUCAAGACGAUCGACGCGGUCCGAACAGUCAUCUCGCUCCCGCUGCUCUUCCCCGAGGCCUUCCAGGGCGGUAUUCUGAAGGACCACGUCACGAGCGGUGCGCUCCUCUUCGGUCCUCCCGGAACCGGAAAGACGCUCCUCGCGCGUGCCAUUGCCGCCGAGAGUGGCGCCAGGAUGAUUGCCAUCCAGCCCUCCGACGUCAACGACAUGUGGGUCGGAGAGGGUGAGAAGCUCGUCAAGGCUGUGUUCUCCCUCGCCCGUCGCCUGGCUCCGUGCGUCGUGUUCAUCGAUGAGGUCGACAGUUUGUUUGGCGCCCGUUCGGCCCGCGACUCGUCGGGUGGUUCCAAGGCGCACAACCAGAUCCUGACCGAGUUCAUGCAGGAGAUGGACGGUCUCAGCUCUGCCAGCGCCAACCGCGAUGCCCGCGUAGUGGUCGUCGGAGCGACCAACCGGCCGUUCGACCUCGACGACGCCAUCCUGCGUCGUCUCCCGCGUCGUCUGCUGGUCGAUCUUCCCACUGAGGACGACCCGAUCCUGGAGAUCCUGCUCAAGAACGAGAACCUCGCCGCCGACGUCGACCUACGCAAGCUGGCUAAGAGGACAGAGGGCUUCUCUGGCUCUGACUUGAAGCCUUUGGCUAGUGUGAAGGACGACGUGGUAGUGCCCUGGAAGAAGCAUGGUGCCAAGGCGACCAAGGUCAAGCCCGUCCACCACGCUUCUGGCAGUGUGCACCACCCCGACACGGGUGGCAACCGCAACCCCGUCAGCGAGCCGGCAAAGCAACCCAAGGAGGAGAUGCCCGCCAUCGCCACCGAGGGCGAGGUCGAGGCUACCCCGCACAUGUCCGCGGACCCUACCGCGAGCAACUCGGCUGCCGCCAAGAUGCUCGAGGCUGCCCACGAGGCUGCUCUGCACGAUCUCAAGACCGGUGGCAUGUCGGCUUUGGCGCAGUCUCGAGGCUUCUUCACCUCGGCCACUGCGCAGAACGCCAAGGCUGAACCCCCCAGUGCUAGCGAUGCUUCUAACUCUUCUGUCCAGGAGAACCCGGAGGAGGCUGAGCCCAUCGAGCCGAUCUCGUCUCAGAAGCUGAGUCGUGUCCUGCGGGCCAAGCACUUUGAGACGGCGCUGGGCGAGAUCCGACCCAGCUCCAGCGAGGAGGGCACGAUUGGUGAGCUCCGCAAGUGGGCUGAGCUGUACGGUGAGGGUGGCACGAAGAAGGGCAAGAAGAGCGGUUUCGGCAAGGGCUUCGGCUUCGGCGAGGAGGCGAUCACGCGGAAAGGCUUCGGACGUGUGGACACGGACGACGCGGACAAGUAG